AUGACUUUAACUGAGAAGGAAUGGUUUAUAGAAGCGCCGUGGGGUCGUUUGUGUGUUGUUGCUUGGGGAAACUCCAUAAACCCACCAGUUCUGGUCUGUCAUGGAAGCUGGGACUCCAUUGCCAGUUUCAGGCAGCUCAUCAAGCGUUUACCCCAAAAUUUCUAUUAUAUAGGUUUCGAGUUACCAGGAUGUGGAAAGUCAGAUGCUAUGCCUCCUGGGUUAAUGAUUACAGUGUUCGACCUCGUGUACAGCUUGCAAGUGGUCGUGAAACACUUUAGGUGGAAAGAGUUUGCAUUCAUGGGACAUUCGCUUGGAAGUUCACUCGGUCUUCUAUAUAACAUGGCGUAUCCAAAUAAAAUAAAUAAAAUGGUAUUACUGGAUCCAGUAACAUUAGCCUUCUCUGUACCUCCAGAAGAAUUUCCGACAUGGUACAAGAUGUUCUUCACGGAUUUCUUCAAGAAUUACAAAAGAUAUAGUUCAUUGGAUGAAAAACCGGUUUAUACAAAGGAAGUUGCCUUAAACAAAUUAAUAGACCGCCGAGGUCUAGACUUGGACACAGCGUUGGCAAUAAUAGAAAGAUCCACUGAAAACCUAGGAGAUGGUAAUGUGAGAUUCAGUUUCGAUCCUCGCAUGAAAAUGGUAGCGAGCCCGCCAAUACCUGACAAAGUUAUUGAAAAAAUGUUCACAUCAGUAAAAACAUCAAUACUAGCUAUAAUAGCGGGCAAUUCAAAAAAACAAGCAUUAUACAGCAUGACGCCAUAUUUGUUCGACGAAAACGCGUUCGUGAAUAAGAAUUUUAAAUUCAGAAUCGUCGAAGGCAGCCAUGAUAUUCACGCUGUGAACCCCGAUGAAGUUGCGCCGUUUUUAAUCUAUAGUCGAGAACACAUAAUAAGUAUUCUGGAAAGCGGUUUGCUCUUCCGAGAAGACAGUGUAGAAGUUGAGCAAGAGAUUCCUGAUCCAGAGACAGUUAAAACCAGGGCUGGCAUCAAGGGUUGGCUGACGAGAGGUGAACGGAAUAUUAUGGUGGUAACCCUGGCUGGAUUGCUGUUCUUAUCACCACCGAGAAACUUCAACCGAUCAAAUCUUCUCAAGCUAUCAGCUUACUCGGCCAUACCACUGCUCAUAAGGACAGCUCAUAGAAGCUAUUGCAGCGGUAAGCUGCUGCCGAUGUUGAACAUCAUGAGGGAUUAUACAGCACUAGCUAGACGAGCUGCAGCUUGUUGUAGGGAACACUCGGUCGUUGGUGUGGCACUGCAGUCUGUGUCAAUGACGGUGUCUUCUAUGCUGACUUUGUUGUGUCGACAACAGACUGAGUUGUCUCUCAUGAUGGCUAGGGCUUCGAGCGCCGUGUUGGGGACUGCGCCCUGGAUUAGGGGGGAUGUGCCCUCUGUGGGGGAAGGGACUAUUGUGAAAAUCCAUCAUGGCUUCCUCGUGGUACAGUCAACGCUCUUGAAGUAUAUAGCACUCGCGCAUUUCAUACCAUCGCUACAGACGUUCAAAUUAUAUAAGAACCAGAAUGAACGAAUAUAUUGGAUACACAACACUCUAAUAGACCAUGUUAUGGCAGAAUUCAAAGAAAAUUACCACGCGUUGGAGCGAAUGUACAGAUUAUUGAAGAAUUAUGGCUCUAAAGACACAGAAAAUGCUGUCAAAAAACCUGGGGACGCUAUAAAGACUUGGCUGUACGCAGAGAUACAUACAGGAGUAGCUAGAUCAUGUAUGGAGAUGAAAAUCGCGCUAGACAAGGCCACCCAUCUAGAUAUGUUCCUAGAUUCGUGCGCUCUGAACAAACAGACGCUAGAUCUAGACGUGCUAGAUAGAGAUAUAGAUGAGAUUAUAGAUAACAUAUCCAAAUGUCUAGCAACGGUGCAGAAUUCGCAGAUAAGGUUAAGGAAGAUGCAGAAUAAGUUGCACGGAGAAGAAGUGGUGAAGGAUGGAGAAGAAUAUGAACAGAACGAGAAGAUUCUUCUCCAAAUUGAAGACAAGGAACCGGAAAUAAGAGAUGAAGUGUUCUAUUUCGUUAAAACUGAUGAUGAAAGACCUCAAUCGCCCACAGGAGACGUAUUAACAGUACCAGGGCAUAAAGAAAAGGAAAAUUCUAAGGUAGUAUUGAAAGAAUUGAAAAGAAAAUUGGGGAAAAGAGAGGAUUUAAUGCGAGAAAGAGAAAGACAGGCGUUAGCAAAGACCAUGCCAGGAAUAGAAGUACCAGAGUUUCCAAGACAAAUAAAAUACGAAGAGUUCGCGGAUAGAAAAGGUUUUAUAUCGAAAAUUGUUAGGAGGAAACGGAAAUCGAAAAAGCUACACAAAAGAAAUUACCUGAUGGAAGUAGAUAAGAAAGAUCUUAACGAAAUUCUUGAUAUAAAUGUAUUCAAAGAUGAUACACCAAUUGUAUUAAGAAGAAUUAAAACAAAAUUCUUCUUAUCGCAGAAGAGAUUUAAACCGAUAAAUUUCAAUAUAUCGAAGUUAGACUUGCAAGAAGAGAAUAAAGAAGAAAACAUAGAAGACAAAUACAGAGUAUCCAGAGAGGAAUUAGAAUCUUCUGACAGUGAUUUCGAGAAUAUUAACAACAACAAAAUGGCGUUGUUGAAUGAUGUAAGGCGGCAUAGAGCUUUGAGGAAGAAGAAUUUUCCAGCCAAAAGAGCGUCCAUAGAUAAUAUAGACGAAGGUCUUAAACCCAUAGAGUAUAGUUUCGGUACAGGAAUGGCUAUGGCGUCAGUUUUGCAAUUAAAUAGCAAAUUAAGACAAAAUAUGUUACAAGAGGAAGUCUUCAUAGGUGAUGGUGAAGUAUCCAAUGAUAGUGGAAAUGAUGAUGAUGAUGAUUAA